AUGGCACAGAUCUCGACCGCUGCUGAAGCGGUGGCAAGAAUCGCCUACCUUACUAGUGAUACCGUCCUGUCCGUGCAGCCUUCGCUGAAGGAUGACUCAUUGUUCUCAAAAUCACUAAAGGCCCUCAAGGCUAGCAAGAAGAGCAACCUCUCCUCAAAAGCCCCUGUGGUCCAAUCUGUGCGCUAUAAUGAAGACCCCCUCCUGUCCGCAUUCACCCCUCUUCAAAAUGGCGAGACUGUUUCCGUCGUUACCAGCUCCUCUGUCCUGAUUAGCGCGGUUCCUCACCUCUACCGUCUCGCCAACAGCCCCGUGGUUGUUCACGUUGCGCUGGAGCCCUCACCAUUCCCCGAUUACUCCGUGAUCAGCUCCAUUCGCCAGUCCGGAUUCACAUUCCUCCACUCAGAAACUGUGCAGGAGGCCCAGGAUAUUGCUAUCACUGCUCAUGCGCUUGCUCGCAAGUCCGGAAAGGGUGUCAUUCACUUCUUCGACCCCGCCAACUCUGCCAAGGAUCCCUCUAUCCCCGAGGAGGAUGUUGAGGUUGUGAAGAAGGUCCUCAGCAUUGGUGGCAACGCUGCUACUUCCGCUGAAGCACAGACACUCUAUGCCGACUCCGGCAGUGUGGCCACUGUCACGGAAGAGGCUGUGGGUACUGCACCCUCCGGUCAACAAGAGCAAGCGAACUUGACUGUUCCCUCCCAACCCCAGACUCCCUUCAACGCUAGCGUUGACAACUCGUCAGUUGGCUCCUCACGGAGAGAUAGCAGCGCUGGCAGUGAAGCCCCGAGCUCAAUUGCCACAACUGUUGACAGCGCCACCGUCCGGCCUGUUAACGCCAGUGAUACUUUUGCAUGGACCUCUCAGAUUUGGAACACACUAUUCGAAGAAGUCGGCCGCCGAUACAAUGCUAUUGAAUACACCGGCGUUGCUAAUGCUAAGUCUGCUAUUUUCGUCUUUGGCUCCACCGGUGUCUUCGUGGAUGCUCUCGCCGAUGCCAGCGCCAACCCGGAGUUGGAGAACAUUGGUCUGAUUACUGCUCGUUUGUACCGCCCUUGGGUCGGUGGACAGAUCUCGAACUCUAUUCCCAGCUCCAUUGAGAAGAUCGCUGUUCUGGAGCAGGUCCGCAAGACUACGCGAUGGGGUCCCUCCUUCAUGGAUCUGCUCUCCAGCCUGACUCCCUCAGGCGCUCGCACCCAGGCUCCUCAAAUCGUCGGCUACCGUCUUGGAUUUAUUGAGCCCUCUACCGCUGUUCAGGCUCUCCGUGGCGUCCUGCAGAACCUGGCUUCUGCUUCUCCCAUCCAGGGUCUGGAGAUUGGAAACACUCAGGUUCCCACUGUUCAACCCGUCCUUGAGCAACCCCGCAUUGAGAAUGCCUACUUGAAGAUUCUGCACCAGCUCUUCGGCGAACAGCUCUACAUCGCUAACCAGCUUGGAGCCGAGAACGCCGGUGUUUCUAACACUAUCGCCGCAAGCCCUGAGUAUGGAUUCGGUUCGUUGCUGGCUCGCCAGGAGCACCGUCAGCGCUUCAUCCGGGAGGUUGAGGAAGCCUCCAAGUCCAACGCCUUCGCCACGGACAUCCCUAAGACUUGGCUGUCCCGCUGGGCUCUGAAUGUGAAGGAAGCCGCUAAGUCUAACAAGCUCGCCCCUGAGGUCAUUUCCCACCUCUCCACCGAUGGCUCUUCACUAUCCCGCCAACUCCUCCAGUCUAAGAAGUUCUUCUACGAGGAGUCCGAGUGGCUGAUUGGAUCCGAUGCCUGGGCCUACGACUUGGGCAACUCCGGUGUCCACCACGUCCUCGCAUCCGGUGCGAACGUGAACAUGCUCAUCAUCGACUCCCAGCCUUACUCUGAGCGCGCUGCUGCUGACGCCACCCGCCGCAAGAAGGACAUUGGUCUUUACGCUAUGAACUGGGGUAACGCAUACGUCGCCUCCGUUGCUGUCUACAGCUCGUACACCCAGGUCCUCCAGGCUAUGUCCGAAGCCCAAAAGUUCAAGGGCCCCUCCGUUGUCGUUGCCUACCUCCCUUACAACCAGGAGAACGACUCCGCUCUCACAGUACUGCAGGAGACCAAGAAGGCCAUCGAUCUUGGCUACUGGCCCCUGUACCGCUGGAACCCCGAGAACGAGGAGAAGGGCGAGCCCAAGUUUGCCCUCGACUCCGAGCGCAUCAAGCGUGAUCUCGAGGAGUUCCUUCGCCGCGAUAACCAGCUCAGCCAGCUCAUGAACCGCCAGCCCAAGUACGCCCCUGUACUCUCCGAGUCUUACGGUACUGAGGUCCGCGCUCUUCAGAAGAGAAAUGCCAAGGACUCCUACGAGAAGCUCUUGGACGGUCUGUUCGGUGCUCCUCUGACUAUUCUCUACGCGUCCGACGGCGGAAAUGCUCAGAACCUUGCCAAGCGUCUCGGCAACCGUGGUCGCGCCAGAGGCCUGAAGACCAUGGUCAUUGCUAUGGAUGAGUUCCCUCUUGAGGACUUGCCCACAGAGGAGAACGUUGUGUUCAUCACCAGUACUGCAGGCCAGGGUGAAUUCCCUGUCAAUGGCCGUGCCCUUUGGGAGCACGUCAAGAACACCGGCGAUCUCGAUCUCUCCACUAUCAACUACUCCGUUUUCGGUCUUGGCGACAGCCACUACUGGCCCCGCAAGGAGGACAAGAUCUACUACAACAAGCCUGGAAAGGAUCUCGAUGAUCGUGUUGCCUUCUUGGGUGGUCGCAAGCUGACUGACAUUGGUCUCGGUGACGAUCAAGACCCCGAUGCCUACCAGACCGGAUACUCCGAGUGGGAGCCCCGUCUGUGGAAGGCUCUGGGCGUCGAUAAAGUGGAAGGUCUCCCUGAGGAACCUGCCCCAAUUACCAACGAGGACAUCAAGAUUGGCUCCAACUUCCUUCGCGGCACUAUUGCUGAGGCUCUUCUGGAUGAGAGCACUGGCUCUAUCCCCGCUAGUGAUCAGCAGCUGACCAAGUUCCAUGGUACAUACAUGCAAGAUGACCGUGAUCUGCGUGAUGAGCGCAAGGCUCAAGGUCUGGAGCCUGCUUACAGCUUCAUGAUUCGUUGCCGUCUCCCCGGUGGUGUUGCCACCCCUAAGCAGUGGCUGCAGAUGGACGCCAUCAGUAGCUCACACGGUAACGAGACCAUGAAGCUUACCACCCGACAGACCUUCCAGUUCCACGGUGUGAUCAAGCGCAACCUUCGUGGUGCUAUGCGUGCCAUCAACAACUCCAUGAUGGAUACCCUCGCUGCCUGCGGUGAUGUGAACCGUAACGUCAUGUGCAGUUCUCUCCCCGAGCUCUCUUCCUUCCACCGUGAGACCUGGGCCAUCUCUGCCAAGAUCAGUCAACACUUGUUGCCCUCUACCUCAGCCUACCACGAGAUUUGGCUGAAGGAUGACAACGACAAGAAGGUUCAGGUUGCUGGAGAUGCUGUGGUUGACCACGAGCCCCUCUACGGUCCUACUUAUCUCCCCAGAAAGUUCAAGAUCACUAUUGCCAUUCCUCCUCACAACGAUACUGAUGUCUACGCUCACGAUAUUGGUUUGAUCGCCAUUAAGGGUGCUGAUGGCCACCUCGAGGGCUUCAACGUCCUGGCUGGUGGUGGUAUGGGUACAACUCACAACAACACCAAGACUUACCCCCAGACUGGUCGCAUGUUCGGAUACAUUCCCGCCGACAAGGUCCACAUCGCUUGCGAGAAGAUCAUGCUCGUGCAGCGUGACAACGGUGACCGCAAGAACCGCAAGCACGCCCGUAUGAAGUACACCAUCGACGACAUGGGCGUCGAAGUCUUCAAGGGCGAGGUCGAGAAGCUCCUUCCCGACGGCCUUAAGUUCGGCGAGCCCCGUCCCUUCGAGUUCAAGUCCAACGUCGACACCUUCGGCUGGCUGAAGGAUGACACAGGUCUCAACCACUUCACCUUCUUCAUUGAGAACGGUCGUAUCGAAGAUACUGCCGAUUUCAAGAUGCGCACUGGUCUUCGCGAGCUUGCUGCGAUGGGCAAGGGCGAGUUCCGUCUCACUGGUAACCAGCACUUGAUUCUCUCUCGCAUUGCCGAUGAGGACCUCCCCGCCAUCAAGGCGCACAUGGCCAAGUACAAGCUCGACAACACCUCUUUCUCUGGUUUGCGUCUGUCUUCUUCUGCUUGUGUUGCCUUCCCUACUUGCGGUCUGGCCAUGGCAGAGUCUGAGCGCUACCUCCCGGUCCUGAUCACUAAGCUUGAGGAUACCCUCGAGGAGUGUGGCCUUGGCCGUGACAGCAUUGUCAUGCGUAUGACUGGUUGCCCCAACGGUUGUGCCCGUCCCUGGCUCGCCGAGGUGGCCUUCGUCGGAAAGGCUUUCGGUGCUUACAACAUGUACCUUGGUGGUGGUUACCACGGCCAGCGCUUGAACAAGCGCUACCGCUCUUCUAUCAAGGAGGACGAGAUUCUCGACAUCAUGAAGGGCCUUCUCAAGCGCUACUCUCUUGAGCGCGAUACUGACGGCGAGACCCCUGAGCGUUUCGGUGAUUGGUGUAUCCGCGCCGGUGUCAUCAAGGCCACCACUGAUGGAAAGAACUUCCACGAUGGCGUAAGUGAUUUCUCUUUUCCGUGA